CGCUAUAGUGUUACUAAUUCGGAUUCAAUGCUUAAAUUACAUUUGAAAGGGCAUCAUUUCCAAUCCCGCCAUUGCUGAAAAUGGAGAAAACAAGUCAAACAAGGCAGACAAAUUUGAAGACCGCCUUUGAGCUUGGAAUACGCAGCUUGUUAACCUCUUGUCCUAAAGAGGUAUUUUGUAAGGCUUUCCCAAAAUUUUCUCCGGCAGAACAUGAACGGCUUCAUCGGCUGUUCAUUCAGGUGAUUACUUCUCUGCACGAGGAUAUAGAGGAUGAAUUUGAGUCGUUAUGCGUGGAGACACAGGCAGGACCAACUCUCAACAUGGUGGAGCAGCUUGUGGAAGAACAAAGCUUGGACCCCUUGUUUCCAGAGAAGAGCAAUGUUGAAGAAGUCAGGCACUACCUAUCAGAAGCAAAAAAGAGCGAGAUCAGCUACUUGAUGGAUAUGUUGGAGACGGCGGAAGAACAGAAACGUGCCAUCACUUCACGUCUUGAAGUCCUGAAGAAAGAACAAGAAGAUUUAUCUGGUGCUGCUGCUGUAGACAUGGUUAAUAAGAUACGAACAGGGAAUCAGAAGUUCAGUUGAUCAUGUUGCUGAAUAAUCCACCUGUUCACCCCGUUUACUGGGAAGCAGAACUUUUUGGCUGACAAACUAGUAAAAAUAGGAAUGGAAUGAGCCGGCAUGGAUGCAACUUCAUUACAACUUUUUGCACAACCUUCAACUCUUGUAGUGGACAACCUUGAAGCUGAUAAAAUAGGAACAUGUUUCCAGCGAAAGCUUAAAAGUAAUGGUGCCCCAUUGUUUUGUAAUAGUCAGCAUACAACUUCUUUUGUUUCUCAUGUAAAUAUGGCUAUUGCUACUACAUCUGCUCCUACUAUCGUACCAAUAUGUAUGCACUCUGUUGGGUUGAACUCCUAGCUAUGUAUAGCUAGUCUGUUUAAUAUGAAGUAUCUUUUCUACCAAA